AUGUCGACACGAGACGUCUACGUGGGCGUAUGGACGAACUGGAGCUUGGGAAAGACAGAGGGCUGGACCCUUACCGUCCCAAGCUCCUAUGGUGUCGUAUUGAUUGCCAUAGUUGCCCUGCUCGUCCGCUGGGCUGGCAGCCGUUUCUGGGGCAUCGUAUGCUACACUCUGCAUCACAUCCGAACAAAACAAACUUCUAGCGAUGGCCUACAUCAUCAGCACCAAGCAUUGCUCCGAUCCAAGAUGCCAGAGACUGACUUCAUCUGGAGGAUAUACGAGACUGGCUGGAGCUGGCGAUCAACCGUCCCAAGCGCUUUCAGAAGGAGUCUCCCUCUCGCCACACUCGCGACGAUCAAUCUCGCAGUGUUUGUCGUUUGCGGUAUCUUCUCCGCAAAAGUGACUAUGGGCAAUACCGAAGGUCUACUACGUGGUACAUGCGGCUGGAUCGAACAGACAGCAGACAAAGACUUCCCUCUCUGGACCCGCGAGGACUGGGCCAAGGGCGACGCUCUCUUCGUAUCAGCCUACAAUGGAUACAAGACGAGUCUGAUAUAUGCUCAGAGCUGCUACGCUGGCGGCUUCUUGAACUCAUCUAAUUCCAUGUGCAAAGAGCCUGCCGUACCGUACAUUGCUUCAGAGAUUAUACGAGAAGCGCAGUGUCCCUUCGCAGCUGGUGUCUGCUCUACGCCCGCAUACACGAUUGACUCUGGACGCAUCCAUUCUCGAAAGCAUCUGGGCGUCAACACACCAGACUCAGACGCGCUUGAAGUGCGGAGGGUGACAUCUUGUGCGCCCAUAGACAUGCAGAGGUAUUCUACCGACUUCACUCAAGAUCUUGAGCCUGGUACGGAAAUGUUCUUUCCGGCGAUGCUGCCGAACGAUACCUUCAAGUACUGGAAUCUGGGGCCGAGUUUCCUCUUUGGCACACCUAUCAGCAACUUCACCUUUGUGAAGAGCAACUAUUCGACAUACGUGCAGGGACUGCCAUACACAUUCGAUGUCCGCACAGCCUUUGCGAAGAACUUUACACAGAGUGGCUUCCUGCCUGACCCAGCCUUGAAUCGGACUGAUGCAGACGUCUCAAUCAUGACGCUGAACAACCGCGUCGCGUAUACAGGCGAGGUCAGAGAUCCUUUCUUCCGAGCAGACCUGCCGAUUGGUGGCAAUCGACUGAACGAAUCCUGGAUAUCGACCGCAUCACUCACUGCUCUGGCAUGUACGGAGCAAUUCCAGUUUUGUAAUCCUGCCCUCACCGGGAACAACAGCUGCACCCGUCUCGGCAGUCUUUAUGACUUCGAUGAGGCUCUAGCUCCGGACUCCAUAAAGCUGAGUGGGAGACAGGCCGCGCUCUACAAAAUGAUGCGAAUAAUGCUGUACUACAUGCGCCUAAACAGCGUGCUGACCUUCCUCAAGAACGAGGUGCUUGUGUCGACGAAGCUGGUAUACGGCUCCUUUGGCAUAUCUACGCCCCUGCCAGAUGACCAGUGGCACCGAGAAGUCGAGAACUUUCACAAUCUUACUCUGGCUGGAUUGCAGUUGAACACGAUCGAUCAUGUUGGGAGUCCAAAUAUCCAGAUCAAAGACGGCCAGUGGUUGCACGACUACAUUCUCCCUGAAGAAGAGCCUGAGGGCAUAAAACUGUGCAAGAAUCAGCUCGUCCACAUCGCCGGAUACAACUCAUUCAGCAUGCUCGGAAUUAUCCUGGUCGUGGUGCUGAGCGCUCUGAUUAUCCUGACGGACGUGUACUUGCCAUGGCUGGUCAGCAAAGGCCAUCGAGGGCCAAGCGACGUGAUCGGCGGAUCCGACGAACACACCGCCUGCACCAAGUUGUCAUCAUGGGAGGAGGACGACAUCCUUCAAAUUCAACGUCAAGCCUUCGAAGGUCAAGGUAUCGGACCGUGGACCGACAAGAAUGGUAAUCGUGUUCCGGUGAUGGCGGCCUGGGAUGUGAAGUUCAGAAAGAGCAGAAAUCUGGCCGUCAAUAGUGCCGGCGGCUGGCACAGCCCAGCAAGGGAUGGGCAUGGUUCGGCACAAUCGUCUGAACGAUUCGAGCUCCUGAUGCCUGGGCACCAAUCAGCGAGGUCGAGGGAGAUGGAGAGUGUCAAGAACUCGCCUGUGAGCAGUGUCUCUCGGAUAUGA